GUCAACUCCAAGUAACCAGUCUCCCAGAUAUGUCGAUGCUCCGUCGAGAUUGUAGUUUAACAUGGUUUGAUUUACAUUACGCGCAAUGAAUGUCACAUGGGGUUUGCUGGCGGCUUUGAGUCUGGUGUGCCACACCGAGUCGAGGUGCUCACCUACUUCUUACUACAAGAACUGCUGGAUUCGACGCUUUCCGGGGAUUUUCAUCGACAUCGAGGAGUCUCAGAGGAGAGGAGCGCAGCUUUUGAAACACUACCAGGAGGAGACGGCGCUGAAAUGCAGCCGCACCUGUUGCCUUACGAGAAACUUUUCCUGUAAUCUGGCCAUAUUUCACUAUGAUACCACUCAAGAGAAUGUGAACUGCUUCCACCUGCACUGUCCGACACUGGAGAGCUGUAUUCUCAGCCACAGAGGCAACGUUGUUCUGUACAAUAUCACAAAGGGUGUGGAUCCUGACCUGUUGGUGUUUGGAAAAUACUUCACCUCCAAUGUACGUGUGUUACCCCACCACUACAGUCGAGUCAACGCCUCAGAGCCGCUGCCCUCAGACAAACGCCAGUUCAUUCACCCACCUCCGCCCGCUGCAUUGCCGCUGACUUCAGCGCCCACAGUUAGACCACCCACCACAGUGAGCAGAGUGCUCCCCAUUACUACCACCACCACCACCACACUGCAGAGUACCAGUCAGCCUUUGACAGUUCUUACAACUACACCUGCCUUAUCUACCACUCUAAAGACUCCACUAGCUUCAGGGAACCAUGCACAAAUAACAACCCUGACAACCGCCACCACUUCCCUUGCACCCAGCUUUACUACACCUCCUUCAUCCACCACAGCAACCACCCUCAGCCCUUACAAUCCCAGGAUCACUCCAGCCUUUCCUACCAUAACUGCACAACCCUUCACAUCCCCUACCCAUCAUCACACCACCACCUUCUCUAAGCUAGCCACAAGCCCUCCAACUUCCACAGCAUUUAAGGGCAAUCUAGAGAGCAGCAAGCAAUAUCCCAAUGACACCAAGGGCAACCUGGGGAGGAACCACACUGCAGGCAGUGAGGGGGGCCAGGGUGUCAGCGGAGAGGACACAUUCGGGGGUUUGGGAUCUGGGUGGCACGUGGCCGCUCACACCUUGCUGGUUGCAGUGGCCAUCUGUAUCACAGUGCUACUAAGCUGCUGUUGCUCGAUUGUGCUGGUCGUGAGCUGGAGGGGACAGAGGAAGAGGAUGGGACGCUACAGAACAUCAUGGAGAGGGAAAAGAUGCUCCAUGCGUCUGAUAAAGUAUGUGCUGGUCAGAGAGAACACCUGAAAGUGCAGAUUUGGAUGGAAAUAUACUUACUGUCUUACUGAGAAAAUAAGGUUACAAUUCUGUAUAUUUAAACUGAACAUGCAGAGGUAUUUUAUGGCCUAGAUGAGAUUACCAAAUACAUAGUUGCCAUGAUUUUGGUUUCACUUGUGACGCAAUGACUUCCAACAGAAGCUGAACUCAGCCAAUGCAUUUGACCACAGCAAUUUCCCUCAAGAAAGACGAUAUGAUGUCCUUUUGGCUGACCUACAUUUUGAUGUACUUCAAUGAGUUUAAACUGAUGUUGAUGCCAAACCUCAAGGACUUUGGCCAGUUGUUCUUAAGUGGGAGUUAAUGGUCGCUUCCAAAAAGACUGCUACAAUUCAAAGGUUGUUCAGAUAAUCAACAAUGUGCGAUGAUGGGGCUACUUUUUGCCUCGUGGCCUUCAGUAUUUAACCCUUCUGCAGUCCAGCACAUCUCCUCAGUGCAUUGAGUUUCUUCUGACCUGAAAGUGCACAGACCACAGACCAAAACUCCGUAAGAGAAGGGUGAGGUACUUUUCAACAGCCUGCUGAUGAAAGCAUCCUUUCACUGGGGUGUCACUCCUCAACCGGAUAGUGACAAGA